AUGGCUGCUGCACCACAAGCUUUACCAGAUUUAUCAAAUGCAAUUGUUGCUCAAGAUGAAAUGGGUAGACCUUUUAUUAUAGUAAGAGAUCAAGGUAAAAAACAAAGAAAACAUGGAACAGAAGCAACUAAAUCUCAUAUUUUGGCUGCUAGAUCAGUGGCUUCAAUAGUUAAAACUUCGUUAGGUCCCAGAGGUUUAGAUAAAAUAUUAAUAAGUCAAGAUGGUGAUAUAACUAUAACUAAUGAUGGUGCUACUAUUUUAUCCCAAAUGGAUUUAGAUAAUGAAAUUGCAAAAUUACUAGUCGAAUUAUCUCGAUCUCAAGAUGAUGAAAUUGGUGAUGGUACUACUGGUGUUGUUGUAUUAGCUUCGGCAUUACUAGAUGAAGCAUUAGAAUUAAUUGAAAAAGGUAUUCACCCUAUAAAAAUAGCAAAUGGUUUUGAUGAAGCAUGUAGAGUAGCUGUCAGUCAAUUAGAUAAAAUUGCUGAUACUAUGCCAAUUAAUAAUAAAGGAAAUUUAUUAAAAGCUGCUAAAACUUCAUUAGGCUCAAAAAUUGUUUCCAAAGCUCAUGAUCAUUUUGGUAAAAUGGCUGUUGAUGCAGUUUUAGAUGUUGCUGAUUUAAAAAGAAAAGAUGUUGACUUUGAAUUAAUUAAAAUUGAAAAAAAAGUUGGUGGAUCAAUCGAAGAUUCAAAAUUAAUUAAAGGUGUUUUAAUAGAUAAAGAUUGGUCACAUCCGCAAAUGCCAAAAGAAGUUAAAGAUUGUAAAAUUGCAAUUUUAACUUGUCCUUUUGAACCACCAAAACCAAAAACAAAACAUAAAUUAGAUAUUGAUAAUGUUGAAGAAUUCAAAAUUUUACAAGAAUAUGAACAACAAAAGUUUAAAGAAAUGAUUGAUUUAGUUAAAAAAUCAGGUGCAAAUAUUGUUGCAUGUCAAUGGGGUUUUGAUGAUGAAGCAAAUCAUUUAUUAUUAGCAAAUCAAUUAAAUGCAAUUAGAUGGAUAGGUGGAUCAGAAUUAGAAUUAUUAGCCAUAGCAACAAAUGGUAGAAUAGUUCCAAGAUUUGAAGAUUUAUCAGCUGAUAAAUUAGGUUCUGCAGGUGUAAUUAAAGAAUUAGAAUUUGGUACCACCAAAGAUCGUAUGUUAGUUAUUGAAGAAUGUUCAAAUACAAAAGCAGUUACAUGUUUUAUAAGAGGAUCAAAUGAAAUGAUUAUUGCUGAAGGUGUUAGAGCAUUACAUGAUUCUUUAUGUGUUGUACGUAAUUUAAUAAGAGAUAAUAGAGUUGUUUAUGGAGGUGGUGCUGCUGAAUUAACAUGUUCAUUAGCUGUUUCAGAAGCUGCUGAUAAACAAAAGGGUAUUGAUCAAUAUGCAUUUAGAUCAUUUGCAAGUGCAUUAGAUCAAAUUCCAAUGAUUUUAGCAGAAAAUUCGGGUUUAGAUCCAAUUGAAACAUUAUCUAAUUUAAAAGCAAAACAAAUAAAUGAAAAUAAUAGUCAAUUGGGUGUCGAUUGUUUAGGUAAAGGUACAAAUGAUAUGAAAGAAUUAUUUGUAAUUGAUCCAUUGAUUGGUAAAAAACAACAAUUAUUAUUAGCUACACAAUUAACUAGAAUGAUAUUAAAGAUUAAUGAUGUUAUUAUAAGUGGCAAAGAUGAUUAUUAA